GCUUAUUGCAUUGUAUAGGCGCACACCUCGCACAAAAUCUUUGUUUGAGCGAAUGUCAUCCCGUCGUGUUUCAUCCGUUGAUUCAAAUUGUUCAUAUGAUAAUCAAGAAGAACCUACAAUAAUUUAUAAUACUAAUGAUCAAGAGAUUUCUCAAAUUCAUUUGGAUUUAACUGAUUCAACAUUGCCACAAUAUAAUGAUGUGAUCAUGUCAUCGAAUGAACAAGAUGAUUCAACCGUAUCAUUCAAUGGCGAUAUAGAUGAUGAUGGUGAUAGUGAUGAGUAUGCUUAUUUUAUUUUACAUUGCCGCUUCUUCGUUUUUUCUCCUUCUUCCUUGUUCAUUCUCCUUGUACAAUAUCAGCAGGUUUUGUUUUGCUUGG